GCAACUGCACUCAAAAAUAGAACAAAAAUUAAAUCUUCUAAAGGUCCUCACUCCACUCCUCAAUCCUUUUAUAGAUUUUUAUUAGCUUAAUUUAAUUAAAAUUCCAGCUGUAGCUUUAAGAAUAUCAAUUUCUCAGAGCUAAUAUUUACUAGUGAUACUAACACUGUGCUACGAGUGUUUGAUUUUUCGUAUAAUUACGACGUAACUGAAAUGGAAGAAAAUUCAUCGAGUGACGACGAAAUGAAAACACCGUUGAGACCCCAAUUAGGUGGAAAAAAGAUAAAACUGAACGAUGGAAGCUCUCAAGAUAGUUUAAAAGAAUCGGAUGCUUUAGCUUCUGGGAGUAAGGACGAACCAGAAGAAAACGUAGAUAGCGGAUUGUCGGCCGAUAAGUCUGAAAGUACAAGUAACGAUGACAAGGUCGAAAGUCUAGUGACAAUGGGACCAAUGAACGAAGUUGUUUCAGUUGCACCUUCCAGCAGUAACGUAAGGACCAUCCUUUUGAAUAUCCGCAGACCACGUCGAAGUAGGAAUUAUAGGAAGCGAAAGACCCCAGGUGCAGAUUCAGACAGUAACACUUCGAGGGAUUCUGAUGAUUUGUCCGGUGAUGAAAAUCAAGAUAGGACAAUUGAUAAUAUCCUUUCCGAUGAGGACAGCAAUUCCGAAUUGUCAGAAGAAUCACAUAGUGUUACAACCAGUACUAGCAGUUCUGCUGUAGAGACUGAUGAGGAUAACCUCAGGUCGGACAGUGAUGACAGUCCAUGGCUGAGAAUGGAUGAGGAAGAGGAAACUGGAAAGAAACCAUCAGUGCUCUCAAAAACUAGACCAAAACAUUCAUAUAUUAUUUUAAGAGAGAUAAUAAAUAGGGAGAUGGGCUUGACAUUUCCCUAUGGCAAAAAGGUACAAGAUGAUGUGAUUUUUGAGCAAAAGUUUUAUGGUUCUCUACAUGCUGUAUAUAGAAUGGAAUAUUUGCAUAAUUUAAUUAAACAUAAGGGAUGUGUUAAUUCAAUUAAUUUUCAUCCAGAAGGACGUUUACUGGCAUCUGGGUCUGACGAUACACAUGUGAUUGUUUGGGACUGGGCCAAAAAGAAAGUCUUACAGAAUAUUAAGACUGGUCACAAAUCUAAUGUAUUCCAAAGCAAAUUCCUGUAUCUGAAUGCUGACAGUCAAAUUAACCUAGCAACAUGCGCUAGGGAUGGUCAGGUACGUCUGAUCCAAGCGGGCGGAUCCGGCGGCACAUCCCGCCGGCGUAUAGCUGCACACUCGCGCGCCGCACACAAGCUGCACGUGAGCGCCGCCGAGCCGCACGUCGUGUUGUCCGCAGGCGAAGACGGCCUCGUUCUCCGUGCUGACGUCCGCCAUGAUAGACCCAGCAAAUUGAUCCACGUCCGUCAGUCUGGCAGCUUCAUCCCGCUGUACAGCGUGGCUGGUCACCCGCUGUGCUCCCACGAGCUGCUGCUGGCCGGCCGCGACCGCUUCCUCCGAGUGUACGACACGCGACACCCCCUCAAACCCCUCGCUAAAUACUGCCCCGGAGAGUUCUUGGACUCCACGGGCAAAAAGAAGAAGCCAAUGCAUUUGACGUGCGCUAUUUAUAACCACGACGGCUCGGAGAUACUAGGUUCCUACAAUGAUGAAGACAUUUACUUAUUCGACGCUAAAAAGGAUAUUCAUGAUGAAGACUCAAACGACGGCAAAGACGGUUACACGCAUCGGUAUAGCGGCCACCGUAACAGUGCUACAUACAAGGGCGUCGCAUUCUUCGGGCCCAAGAGCGAGUACAUCGUGUCCGGCUCCGACUGCUCCAAUAUCUACAUCUGGGAGAAGAAGUCCGAGGCGAUAGUGCAGUGGAUGGAGGGAGACGUACAUGGUGUGGUAAAUUGUAUCGAGUCGCACCCUAGGUUCCCUGUAAUGGCUACCAGUGGUCUAGACAAAGAUGUCAAGAUUUGGAUUCCGAAACGACAACAGGACCCCGACUAUGCCGGAUUAGAAAAAGUGGUACGUGAAAAUAGCGUCAAAGCUACACCCCUGUUCAACGAUUUUUUACCUACGUUCUAUAGCGCGUUCCCCACUGAUCGAGACGAUGACCCGCCCUAUGGAGGAAAUAUUGAGUUCGAAGGAAACGUGUGCACGGCCUUUUAGCACCGCCUUACUUAUAAAUUUAAUAACUAAUAACUUAAUAAGUAUGUAAUGUAAUCGAUUUUUAUC